AAAGGCUCCUCCCAUUCCCGGGUCUCGUCUGAAUGCUGCCUGGUCGGGAGAUUGUCAGCGGCGUUUGCAGAAGGGGCUGAGAUCGACCCUGCUCUCUCUCUCCCCCCCCCGGGUCUUUCUGAGGGUCAAAGAUUGUGACCAAAGAUUUACCUGCAAGAUAACUCUCAACAAAAAAUAGAAAUUCAGCCCAAGGCAGCAGCUGCCAGAAUAGAUGGAGCCUGUGAAACUCUUGGAUCCACUGUCAGACACAAGCAGCAUUCCGAAAAACCACCAAAAAACACACGAAUGCAGAGAGUGUGGAAAAUCCUUUGCUGGCCAGUCCCUCCUUUUGACCCACAGGAAGAUCCAUGUGGGAAGUGGAUCCAGUCAAGGUUUGGAGUGUGAGGAAGCCUCCCCUGGAGAAAAUUCCAAAGAUCUCAGGAGCCCCCCUAGACUAAAGCCCUUUAAAUGUGAAGAAUGCGACUUAAGCUUUGGUCGAUCGUCAUAUCUUCUUACCCAUCAGAAAAUCCACACUGGAGAGAAACCUUAUCAAUGUCUGGAAUGUGGGACGUUUUUCCGUGAAAAAGCCACUCUCGUAAAGCACGAGAGGACUCACACAGGGGAGAAACCUUACAGCUGUGGACACUGUGGGAAGAGCUUUUCCCAGAAGAUAAAUCUUUGUGUCCAUGAACAGAUUCAUGCAGGAAUCAAACCUCACAAAUGCUUGGAGUGUGGAAAAUGUUUCACACAGAUUUCAUCUCUCCGGAGUCAUGAGAAAACACACAGAGGGGAGAAAAACGAAAAGUGCCUUGAAUGCGGGAAAUGUUUUAUCUUGAAAUCAAACCUACUGCAACAUCAGAGACUCCACACCGGAAUGAGACCCUAUGAAUGCUCAGAAUGUGAGAAACGGUUUCUAACUUCUUCUGAUCUCCGGAAACACCAAAUAGGGCAUCAAGAUGAGAAACCGUAUAAAUGUGGGGAGUGUGGGAAAGGUUUUCUUGAACGAAGGAAACUUGAGAGUCAUGAGAGAAUCCAUACAGGGGAGAAGCCAUUCAAAUGUGUGGAAUGUGGGAUGUGCUUUUCUGAUAAAUACAACCUUGCAAGGCAUCAGAGGGUCCACACAGGAGAGAAGCCAUACAGAUGUGGAGAAUGUGGAAAAUGUUUUGCUCAAAAGGGAUACCUUUCAGUACAUUAUAAAACACAUACAGGGGAGAAGCCCUUUCAGUGCAAUGAGUGUGGACAAUUUUAUCGUACCCUAACAACCCUUAAAAAACACGCAAAACUGCACACGGGGAACAAAAUUUCAAAUGUUUAGAGUGUGGGAGAACAUUUGCUGAUUCAUCUUCCCUUAGAAGUCACAGCCAAAUUCCCUUAGAAGUCACAGGAGAGAAGCCCUAGUCACAUAACCUUAAAUUUAAGCAUAAUUUUCAAGAAGAACCUCCCCCUAUGACUAAAGAGAAAAGUAUUCGAUCAGUGUGUUCUAGUAAAAUCAAAUCUUUCUUGUUAGCCUUUUAUUUUUGUUUUCAUUAUUUCAUUAACAAGUUAUUAUUCCAGGAAAUUUAUAAUGGCUUCUAAUUGUAAUUAUUUUGUUUAGUUGUUACAAGGGGGAUUUAAGAUAAAUGGGAAGGGGGAUUAUAUACUUAGGUCGUUAGCUAUUUUUGUCCAUUGAUCUAGAUCUUUGUUGAUCAAUAGGAGAGUGAAGAUUUAAAGAUAAGUUUGUAAAAAAUAGGAUCAGAUAUACAA